CGGCUCACUCUAGUGACCAAUCCGAGAAACUGACAAAAGAAGAAGAGAAAAACAUUCAAUGUUAAAAGUCAAAUCAAUAUUCCGGUACAUACAUUUGAAAACUACAAACAAAAAUGAUUCAUGAUAUAAUUCUUUUGUUGUUGGAUCCAACUUCGGUGAAUAAUAUAUCAAUAAAUAAGUUUUUGCAUGUCUCCGAAGACUUCUUCCACCCAAGUGAAACUCAAAUCUUGAAAGAAAUUUUAAAAUGUGCCGAAAUACAUCAAAGCAUACGGGCAUUCAUCACAAAACAUUCAGUAACAUCAGGCGUUGACAAUCCGGUCGAGGAAGUAAAUGAAAUGCCAAAAGGACUUUAUCUUGCAGCAUUAGCACAAAGUAUAGACGUAGCAUUGCAUCCGUUUCGUAAUCGAAUGCUUGUGUUGGAAAGAGAUCACAUUAAGAAUGGAAAUCUGCCAAUUAAUUUCUUCCUCGCGGAAAUCAAAGAGUUUCAAACGUUUUUUUACUUCUUGGAACAAUUCAUCAAUGAAGUGAAAAGUCAAAAGCUGCACGGUUGUGCAAUUUUAAGUCUAUUGCAUAAAUACAAUCACCAUGCGGAUCCGAAAUCAAUGCAAGCACUGAAAACCAUUCGACUCGGCGUGUAUGCUGUUUUUCUUCGACAGUUAACGCAGUGGCUCAUCUACGGACGACUUGUUGAUGCUUAUGAGGAAUUCUUCAUCAUUCAUAAUCGCUGUAGCAAAAGUAGCGAUGUUAUGACAACGACAGCAAACACAUUGCUUUCCGAAAGGGCCAGCACCAAAUCCGAAUUAUGGAAAUUUCAAAUAUCGUACGGUAUGAUUCCAUCCAAUUUUACGACAUCGUGGGCUGAAAACGUUCUUUUCAUUGGUCAAACAGUACGUAUGCUGGUUGAGGAUCCAAGAAAAACAGUGAAGAAAAAUUCUAUUUGGAAUGACGAAGAUGAAAUAGCUGUUGAGUUUGGUUCGCUGUGGAACAAACAUGAACACACAUUCUUCAACAAGAUUCAAAAGCUGUACAACUGUAAUAGCAUCGACAAUGGAUCAUAUGAGCAUGUUGUGAAUGAGAUCAAAACAUUUGUUACUGAACGUUUGUCAGAAAUUGCUUUUAAUCAGGCGGACUUGAUAAAACAUUUACACUUCUUUAGGGAUUAUUAUUUGCUCGGGCGUGGUGAAUUGUUUUUGGAAUUCAUAAUGCAGCUAAGCAGUAUUGAAACGAGAGGCAACCUUACCGAGAAUAUGGCAAGAGAAGUAAAUCAAGCAUUUCAAAAAUCUUUAAGUCGAACAUCGAUCGAUAUGGACCACAUUACUGCGUAUUUGCUAGUUGAAGAUGGUAUCGAUUUCUCCGAUUCAGAAGAUAGCAUGCAAGCUAUACUGAAUGGAAUUCGCUUGAAUUUUCAUGUAAGAUGGCCCCUGCAUUUGUUCUUCUCACCGCGGGUACUGCACCAAUACAAUGAGUUGUUUGUGUUUUUAUUGCAAAUACGUCAAUUACAAAAUGGACUACAUACCGUAUGGCGCUUGCAUAGAGACAUCAAAAUCGCCGGAAACUCAAUGAUAUCACAGCUUCGAAAUAAAAUGCUCUUUUUAAUCGACAAUUUGCAGUAUUAUUUGCAAGUCGAUGUGAUUGAGAGUCAAUUUUGUACUUUGAUUGGCGCGGUACAGAAUUCAAAAGAUUUCGAGUUUAUUCAGCGAGCACACAAUAUUUUCCAGGCUAACGUGAUGUGUUUAUCUUUUUUGCUGAAUACGGGAAGCGGUGAAUCGUCGAUUGAAACAUCGGACGCCACUUCGGAGGCUGAUAAACCAGAGAAUCCAGUUCGCAAGAUUUUGAAUAAAAUUUUCAAAACAAUCAGAUCAUUUUGUAAUCUUAACGGAGCCAUAGAGGAGCCGCAGUUAUCUGCAGAAAUGCAACAAAUCAUCAAUAUAUUCGAAGAACAGUAUUCGGGGCACAUAAAGGAACUACUAAGUUUGUUGAGUAAUCGAUUGGCUGGACCUAAUAGUGAACCCUUAUCACAGCUAUUACUGCGCUUGGAUUUCAACCACUGGUUUAGUUCCUGUUCCGAUUGAUAAUCAUCUAGUUAUGUCGUACAUACAUCUUUUCAAAAGCAUUAAAUUAGUCUAAAUAUGUUCUCCUUUAUCGUCAUUCAAUUCUAAUGGAAAACCUAUUUGAAAA